AUGGCGGCGCAAUUCCUUCGAAUUUCGCCAAAGGGCUCCAAGUUUCUCCCUCGUCGAAUAACUUCAGGUGCUAAUCUUUGUCUGCAUCCUCGAGGAAUUUAUUCCUCGCUUUUACUAUCUCAAAAAAAUGUUCUCUUGAACAAAGGCACAAGAAACUUCCAAUGUGCCUCGUUUUCGACUGAAUUAAGAUGUCGUGGUGAAAAGAACCCAAUUUAUCAUUCCAGACAAUUUAGUGUCAAAGGUAGCUCUGGAAACAAGUUAUCCGAUCUGAAUCCUCAAGGAAACUUUCCGAAAUACAAAGAUACCGAAUAUUUUGGUUAUAAGCCUAAUGUAUUUACCGGAAAAGAAGAACAGAAAAACAAGGUCAUUGACUGCCUCCGAAAUGAACGGAAAUCAAUCCCUGAUGAGUCCAUUGAAGACGAGGUGUACCGUUUUUAUGAUCACCUAUGCUUGGAUGACUAUUACUUCCAAAUGGAACCCAUGGAAUUGAUUGCAGAACACAUAGAAAUUAUUUACGCUGCUAAAGUUGCUGCUCGUGCAUCUCAUGCAAGAGAAGAACUCAACAUCCACGUCAAAAACGAAAAUGAGGACUCUGCUAUUUAUAUGGAUAGUGCUCCUGUUACACAAAUGGAACUGGAUAAGUCUCAUGAAAUAGAACAGUCCAUUUCUAAGCGUUAUUUGGAUAACCCAAAUGAUGAUGCCCCCUCUUUUCGAAUUGAAUCAUUUACCUCUACGGCCAACAUUGACCGUGCUAGUACUGAAAAUUCAAACAUCUCUACCUUUCUCGUGAACAAAUGUAAUUUUGUUGACCCUUCUGACAACUUAUCCUCCAAUCAGAAAAUUCCCAAAAUCGCUUGCGUUUCAGACAAAACGUUUUUGGAAAAGGCCUCCGAACAUACUAUCCAAACAUAUCAGAAUAUAAUGGAUACAGUAUUAACUCGGUUCGGUCCAGCCGUUGGCGUGUUUAAACAUCAACAACGUUCUGAAAUCCGUUUGGUCAUCGGUUAUCGUCGUGGAUCCAUUAUGAGAUUUUACCCUUCUAUCUCAAAUUUGCUCCGCUACUACGGCUUGUCCUCAUUUCGAACUUAUAUUGAACAAUUCAGCAAUGGUGUCACAAUUAUAUGCUACAAUUUUAAGUCUGACAGCUUCAAGAAUACUGCCAGUUCUGCCUCUAUUGAGGAGCUUUUCGGUCAAAUCACAAAGGAAGCUUCUUUGUUAUAUUGCAUGCCCCAUACUGAUAUAGACUCUAUGUUUACUUCCUCCAAAUUAUCCAUCCAGGAGGUAGCUUACGCUCAUUGUGUCCGUGUAUUUUGUGAACACGUCAUGAAUAAGCUUGGCAGUGAAUAUACAAGUUUGUCAGCUAUCCUUGACCAUUCAAAUCAUCUUCAUGUUGAGAUCCUAGACACCAUAAAGCGUCGCCUUUCAGUUCUUGCUUUCACCCGUACGAAGAUUCACGAUACAAUUGUUCAAUAUCCUCAUCUUGUUCGCAUGAUGUUCGAUCAAUUUUACCUUCAACAUUCUAUUGGGACCGGAUCUACUCCACGCCUACAUCGUGCGAAGACUGUUUCAUCGGUAUCCUUGGACCCUCAAUCUUUAGUCGAAUUACCCAACGAGAAACUGGUGGAAACAAUUCAAAAAACAUGUGUCAAUGAUGACGAUGCGACUAUCAUGGAAAUGUUUGUUAAGUUUAAUUCCCAUUUAUUAAAAACUAACUUUUUCCUAACUACAAAGGUUGCUUUGAGUUUCCGAUUCGACCCUUCAUUUUUGGAUCAAGCACAAUUUAAAGAUCCAUUGUAUGCUAUGAUAAUGUCCGUCGGUAACGAAUUUAGAGGUUUCCAUUUACGCUUCAGAGAUGUUGCUCGUGGUGGAAUACGCCUAAUUAAAUCGGCAAAUACCGAGGCUCUCAAUCUUAAUGCUCGUGGACUAUUUGAUGAAAACUAUAAUUUGGCGAACACACAAAAGCUCAAGAAUAAGGAUAUACCGGAAGGAGGUGCCAAAGGUGUUAUUCUUUUGAAUUCCAAGUAUCAAGACAAACCCGCUUUGGCUUUUCAAAAGUAUAUUGACAGUAUCAUUGAUUUAUUGAUUCCAAAUGAACAGGAGAAAAUAGUGGACAAGUGCGGUAAACAGGAGAUAUUAUUUAUGGGACCUGAUGAGAAUACUGCUGAAUUGGUAAAUUGGGCCACCAUUCAUGCACGUAAUCGUAAAGCUCCUUGGUGGAAAUCUUUCUUCACAGGAAAAAGCCCUAAUAUGGGCGGCAUUCCACAUGAUAAAUAUGGAAUGACGUCUCUUUCAGUUCGUCGUUACGUGGAAGGUAUUUACAGAAAAUUGAAUCUUGACCCAACCAAGUUGAGCAAAAUUCAAACAGGCGGUCCAGAUGGUGAUUUGGGUUCUAAUGAAAUUAAACUUUCCAACGAAAAUUACAUUGCCGUGAUUGAUGGAAGUGGUGUUCUCUAUGAUCCUGCUGGUCUGAACAAAUCAGAACUUUUGCGCCUGGCCAACGAAAGAAACAUGAUUGAUCACUUUGACGCAUCUAAACUUAGCAAGGAAGGGUACAAAGUGCUAGUCAGAGACAACAAUGUUAAACUUCCCAACGGCGAAGUUGUAAACAAUGGAACUACCUUCCGAAACACAGCUCAUCUUCGUUAUAAAGCAGAUGUUUUUGUUCCCUGUGGUGGACGCCCAGGAGCUAUAAACAUUAACAAUGUUGAUCAGCUACUAAAUGAAAAUGGAAAACCUAAAAUCAAAUUUUUGGUGGAGGGUGCUAAUCUUUUCGUAACUCAAGAUGCCAAGACUGUUUUAGAAAAAGCGGGUGUUGUCGUAAUUCGUGAUGCGUCUGCGAAUAAGGGUGGUGUGACAUCCAGCUCUCUUGAAGUUUUAGCAUCUUUAUCUUUUGACGACGCCUCUUUCAUAGAGAACAUGUGCGUGCAUGAUGGAAAAGAACCAGAAUUUUACAGAGAAUAUGUAAAUGAAUUGAAGGAAAUUAUUCAGAAAAAUGCCGACUUGGAGUUUGAAUGUCUUUGGGAGAACCAUAAAAAGCAAAAGCUUACUUUCACCAGCUUGAGUAGUAAGCUUUCCGAAAUGAUUGUCAAAUUAGAUAAUGAGAUCUACAACUAUGAAAAAUUAUGGUCCAACAAAUCAUUCCGAGAAUUUAUUAUUGCCAAAGCAAUCCCCAAGACUCUCCAGAGAAAGAUUGGGAUCGAUCAAGUAAUUGAAAGAGUGCCCGAUGCGUACUUGCGUGCUAUUUUCUCAAAAUACCUGGCUAGUCGUUUCGUUUACCGCUAUGCAACUACCGGUGAUCCUUUCGCAUUUUUCGAUUUUAUUUCCAAUGAAUUAGUCAAAAUCGAUACAUAA